AUGGCCUCUUCCACUCCAACUUCCAAGCCAGGCACCAUCACGGGUCUCUAUCUUUACAACGUCAUCUCCGGGAACCUCUGGGCUUAUGUCCUCUUGUCCACCGUGGUGUACAGAUUUGCGUACGGCGGUCAGCCGUUGCUCUUUGAGGCCACCCACUUCAAGUUAAUCAUCAUCCAGUCCUUGGCACUCAUUGAGGUCUUCAAUUCGGCCACCGGGAUUGUUAAAUCGCCGCUUUUCACCACCUUGUCGCAGGUCGCCUCGAGAUUAUUGAUUGUCUGGGGUUUUUUCUACGCCUUCCCCAACUCUGAGUUCAACCGCACUACGACCACCUACUUCUCCCUCGUGGUAUCAUGGGCGGUAACUGAAAUUAUCAGGUACCAGUAUUACGCGCUCAACUUGUCCUCCGGCGGCAAACCAAACAAGAUAUUGACCUGGUUGAGAUAUAACGCGUUCUUGGUCUUGUACCCAUCCGGUGUCUUUAGUGAGUUGGCCAUCAUCUACGGGAACAUUCCAGCCUGUGUUGCGGCCUUUGGCGGUUCCCAGACCGUUAAGUGGGGGUUGUAUGCCGUUAUGGCCGUCUACGCUCCAGGGUUCUACGUUUUGUUUGGCCACAUGUUGAAACAGAGAUCCAAGGUGAUGAAGUCAUUGAGAGGCGACAGGGUCAAGAAGGCCAACUAG